AUGAUAUUGGUUUGGAUUACAUUACUCAGCUACUUGAUACAAAUAUGCUACGGUUCCGUAUUGAUCGAUUGCAACAACAAAGGAUUCAUUUGCUACGACAGAACAAGAUUCUAUCAGUGCGUAGAGAUUGGAAAUUCCACUUUCGUGAUUGGUAGUCCACAGGAAUGUCCACCCGGAUUAAUUUGUGACGAUCUGUCGGAUUUGGAGUGUGAUGAACCAGAAAAUAUACCGACAACUAAAAGAGUAACCACGAGAACAACACAGACAACUCCUGCAGAAGAAAUUUCGACAAGUACCACGAAUUCCGAAACUUCAGAGUCCGAAACAAGUGCAGGAACAUCAACUAUAGCACCUACUUCGGCCUCAACAAGGAGAUCUACCACGAGAGAGACAACAGAAACAGAACCUACAUCGACUUCACAGCCUGACUUCACGUGUUACAAUGUAGGAAAAUAUCCAGAUCCCCAGUCUUGCACCAAGUUCCACGUUUGUGUCAACGCCAUAUUCGGAUUGAUCGACGUACCUUACGACUGUCCUGACGGUACCCAAUACGACAGCGUCAACCAAGAAUGUACAAUCGAUCCAGUACAAUGCCCUUGGGAGCCUCAGUUGGAAUGCGAGAAAGCCGGCAUCUACAAGAACCCCUACUAUUGCGGGAGGUACUACAGGUGCACCUGGCGCUACGCAUACAACAGAUACGAAAUCAAACAGUUCAGGUGUCCAGAUUUCACAGAAUUCAACCAGGAGAUGGGCAAGUGCGUUAAAUCAGAUACUUGCCAGCAGAACCAAACCGAUUUCCAAUGCAUCCAAGCUGGUAAAUUCCCCGUACAAGAGAACUGCAAGGAAUACUACGAAUGUACGAAGAAGGGUGAGGGUUAUGUGGAAAAGAGGAAGUCUUGCCCAAUCUACCAACUCUUCGACAGGAAUUUAGGACGAUGCAGGAACGAAUGUCUGGUAAAGUGCCCAGUAGAAGAUGAAGAAACGGAAAUGGUAGAAGGAAAGGUUUUCCUGAAGGAGCUGCUGAGUAGAGAAUAAUAACUUAUAACUAAAUUAAAGAAACUCUUCAAUCA